AUCCUUUACCCCUUAAUGACGACUUUUGACGCCUAGCGCCGUACCCUUAAUGACGACUUUUGACGCAUGUAUAUACAGCUGUUAAUUAGACCUGUAAAAAAGGGGAUGUUUACUAUAAACAUCGGUCUGUUGACCACCUGUAUAGGUAAACAGAAGAUGAUGUAAUGUUUCUAUACCGAAAAGUCACGUGAUUUACCUGGAAAUAGAAGGGAAUUGUGGGAUCGCGCACCUGAUUCAAAUCAACAAGAAGACGGAGAAAAUGGCGGACAGUGAUUUGGAUUACGACCGUGUUAUGGCUAUUCUGGAGGCUAGUUCUGGUUCCGAGUUUUCGGGAUUCAGCAGUGACGAUGUCCUUAGUUCCGAUGAUGACCUAGCACCGGAUAAUUGGCAGCAUUUGGCCCACGGGACCGACGAUAGUGCGCCCAGGUGUGUCCUACCUGCCGGACAUCGGCUUCCACGUGAUUUCGACACAGACACUGCGGGACCACUGGAUUAUUUUCAGCUGUUGAUUCCCAUGGACAUUUAUGACCACAUUGCACGGGAAACCAACAGUUAUGCUGCUCUUAUCCAGCAGGAAAAGGGGGAGACCGACCAGAUGUGGACGACAACUUCUGGCCCUGAGAUCCGCGCUUUCGUCGGCUUGAACAUCAUGAUGGGUGCGAGUCCACGACAUGGUUACGACGACUACUGGCGAGACAACGACUUUGUGGGUUCCCAGGGUUUCAAGAACACCAUGACCCUCAACAGGUAUGAGAAGCUGGCCCAGUAUUUACACGUAAAUUCAGUGGCGGCACGGGAACCACAUGAUGCGCCCACCUAUCACCCCAUCAACAAGGUGAAGCCAUUGCAUACAGUGACACAGCAGACACUUUUAGGAAGUUUUACCAACACUCCACGGAAAUUUCCAUCGACGAGGCAAUGCAGGCGAGACAGAACCCCCAUCCAACAACAGCAUGGCCUGGGAUACAGAGUAGUGCACGACCUAACCCGUGACAUUGUUGGCCUCAAUCAUCAUGUGUACCAUGACCGUUUCUUCACUGGUGUUCAGCUGGCUAACGAUCUGCUUGAAGAGGACAUUUACACCUGCGGGACAGUAAAUUCAAACCGUAAGGACAUUCCAAACCAGCUGCGGCAAAAGAAGUUAGUGAUCAAGAGACAGAUCCCACAGCGUGGAGACUCUGUGUCCUACCAAAAAGGAUCGCUAUCUAUGAUUCCUCAACCAAAGGCGAUCUCCGAUUAUAACCAGUACAUGAAUGGUGUGGAUCUUCAUGACCAAAUGCGGAAGAAGUACGCUUGUGGCAGACCCAGCAAGAAGUACUGGAAGUACAUUCUGUGGUUUAUUCUGAACUGUGCUCGAGUGAACGCUUACAUAUUAUUCAAGGAAUCCUCAACCCGAGUUCUCCGUAGGAAGAGAUACACCCAUUAUGACUUUGUUGUGGAACUUGCCGAGUCCCUCAUUGGAAACUUCUGUGGACGCAAGAGACUGUGCAUUCGAGAGAUUUUAGUCCCCUUUGAUGUGAAUGACAAUCAGAUGCCCCACGUGCAUGUUCGUAUGGAUGGCCUGCGCCGACGCUGCAAGAUCUGCUACUCCAAAGGUAUCCGCAAGGAAGUCGUCAAAGGAUGUGCUGUGUGCAACAUUCACAUGUGUGAACAGUGCUUUCUGGACAAACACUAAAGUGUUUCUAAUGUGAAUCAAUGAUCUGAUCAGUGAAAUCCAUGAAAAUUGGAUGUGUAUUUGUGUUACCUGUGAACACCUGUGAUCACCUGUGAUUUGUGUUUGUGCAUUCAUGUAAAUACUGGUAUGUUCAAGUUUUAUUUAUUAUUUAUUAUCAUAUUUAUUUUCUAAUGCAAUGCCAUAACUAGUGUCUAUGUUUUAGUGCAAAUUUCUAAAGAUACCGAUCUUCAGGGAUAAAUUCUACAAAAUGUGUUUUGAUUAAUUGAUGUGCCAAAGUG